UAUUGUAUAUCAACUCAAUAUCAACAAACAUAACGGAAGGGGUAGAAGACCCGGAGUUUGUUCAGCGCUUUUGUUGAAUAAAGAUAAUUCUCGCCCCAUUCUGUAUUCUUAGAUUGUUCAGGAAUUCGGUGUAUUCAUAGAGGGGAAUGGCUACAAAAGAGGGCGAGAAUGAGGAGAAAGGAGAGACUUUUGAUGUAAUUAUCGGGCAUAUUGAGGAUAUUCUCAUGGAACCUAAAUUCCAAGAAACGCAACAAUACUUUUUGGAGAAGUAUUGGAGAGAGUUUGACUCGGUGGAGGAGAAUAAGCUGAUUUAUAUGGACAUCUUUGAUGAGUAUCAUAAGGCCAUUGAAUCGUAUAUUGAAGAGAGUCUGAAGAGAACAAUUCCUGGGUUUUCUAUGGAAUCCCUCGUGAAGCAACUCAGUGAUCGCAGUCCUGAGUUAGAUGGUGAAGUUUUUGAAGUUCUGGAAACAUUCACUGAUUUUUUAGCAUUCAAGGAGAUGAUUUUGGACUACAGGGCGAUGAAAGAGGGUAAAGUCCAGGACCUCAGCAGUGGCAUAUCCAUCACCCCAAUGAGAUUCUCAGACUCAGACGACAACGAAGGGUGAAGAACCUCCACAACCGUCCCAACACCAAAGAUCUCCGUCCAGAAAUCAUCACAUAUCAAUCACCCCUUGACUAUAACUAGUCCUAGACUACUAUGAUUCGUACAAGAAGAACUCAAUAAAACCACAUAAUUAUCAA